AUGCAGCACGACCGCGUGCGCGACAAUUCUGGCCUCUUUGAGGGAAUCCAGCCCAGCACUUCCCAGGUCAACUUGACACAAGAGAAUGUGGAGGAGCGGCCGAGUAUCGAGCGCGUGCCAGUGAACGCGGGCGCAGGUGGUUCGCAGCCUUCAGUUGCUGGCAGCAGUGGACACCGCGUGCCGGUCCCUGUGUACGAUGAUGCGGGGAACGAUCAUCGCGGGGAAGGGGCAACCGCCGCUACUGCCGCCGGUGCCGGUGCCGGAGCUGCAGUUGGCGAGAAGGGUCCCGCCGGUGCAGCGCCCGUCAUCGAGGGGACUCCGUUCUACAAGCAAAGAUGGUUUAUCAUUUCCCAGCUUGUCACCGCACUCAUCGCCAUCGGCCUCCUCUUCGUCAUUUUAUACCCCGUCAUUCACGCAAUUGCACAACACAUCGUCGGCACUUCCGUGAUCAACAUUGACACCGUGGCCAUCAACUCGCCGACCAACGAAUCCUUCUCCCUCGGUAUUGACGGCUAUGUCACACAUGCGGGCAUUUUCGGCGCAACUAUCGAGUUUCCGGAGCCUAUGGACAUUUACUGGAAGCAAGAGAACGGCACUGAAAUUCAGAUCGGGACAACGUCUUUUACCCCACUGACAGCAACGAACGCACGCGCGUACAUCAACCAAACGAAUCACUUCUCAGUCACGCACCAGACGGCGUUCGGCGACUUCACGCAGUACAUGAUCACGUCCCCAAACUUCACAUGGGUUCUCAGAACUGGAAACUUGGCUGUUCGGGCCGGCCUCCUACCCGAGGCGAAGGGCUUGAACUUUGAGAAGACGCUCACUCUCCCAGGUAUCAAUAACUUCGACAACAAUGUCAAGCUUGUCGACUUCCAGAUGCCUCGAGACGCUCCCGACAACGCCGGAAUCGAAUACAGUGCUACUACUACCAUCCACAACCCGAGCCCUUUCGAGCUCGGUCUGGGCACAGUCGUCUUCAACCUGACCUAUAAAGACGUCUUUCUGGGAACUGGCACGCAGAAGAAUACCAAGAUCGUACCUGGUGACAACAACGUCACGCUUACCGGUGUACUCGUUCCGCACAACAACUCCCAGUCGGAGCUGGAUACGAUGUCCGAGCUCUUCACUCAGUAUCUGAAUAGCGAGAACUCCACCGUGGUAGCCACCGGCUUAUCAACGCUGCAAGACGAUGGGAGUAUCAUAUCUUGGUUGAGCUUAGGCCUUAACGCUCUGCACAUCCAAGUUCCGUUCAUACCUGCUACGCCCAUCAACCCUAUCAAGGCCAUCAGCAUUGGAGACUUCGACCUGGCGUUCACGAAGGACACGGCAUGGGAUCCAAUGGCGAACACCAAGUCGGUGCAGGCGACAAUGGAACUGCCGUUCGGAUUCAACUUGGAGAUCGGCCAGAUCGAGAACGCCUUCAACAUCUCCAAGAAUGCGUCUGUGGCGGGCGGCUUGUCCACGCCGCUCGGCGCCUCGACCUCGAACGUUGUCGUUUACGGUCCGACCAACACGAGCGGAACGAUCGAUAUUCAGAUCGUCAACACGCCGCUCAAUGUAACGGGACCAUCGCAUGAUACCUUCUCGGUCUUCACGAGGGACUUGACCAACGUUUUCCACGAGGAUUUCCAGCUUGAAGGCCACUCACAUGCUGUCGCAAACCUCAGCAUUGGGACGCUGAUUCUGGAUCCCAUCAAUUUCAACGUGACGUCGGGUCUUUACGGUCUGCAGGGCUUGCAGGGGCUCGUUUCCAUUGACCAGCCGGAUGUCGUGGGCGGUACUACGGAUGGUAUCAACUUGAACAUCAAUGUGACGAUUACCAAUCCGUCAAACCUGAACUUGGCCGUCGGCGACCUCAACACACAGCUCACCCAGGGAGAUGGACUUCUGGGGACAGUGACUAUGCCCAACUUGACGCUCAGCAUCGGGAACAACAGCAUAGCAGCGACGUCUCUCUUCCAGCCGAACAACUCUCCCGAGGGCAAGGACACGCUCAACAAGUUUGUUGGCGGCACAGAUGUUACCAUCCACAUCGCGGGCUACGAUCAGAGUACUCAAGUCGAGUCGCUUCUGGAGGCGUUCGAAUCGCUCUCGCUCAACGUUACCCUUCCCGCUUUGACAACGAAGCUCCUGAGCUCUGCGUCGCUCGAGGUUCUGAACUCCACUGGUCACUCGGAUAACAUCACCCAUGUCACUGUGGCGCUCGCCAAUCCCUUCACCGCUGGCCUGCAGAUCUCGCAAGUCACUAGUAACGUCUCAUACGAAGGUCUCACGCUCGGACACAUCAACACCGGCACCAACUUUUCUUCAGCGGGCAAGGCUACAACGACCUCUCCGAACCUCAACCUCGACUUGAACCUCGACCCUCAAACCCUCUUUACGGUCACGCGCUCGUUGGCGGUUAAGGCCGGCCUUGACACGGAGCAGCUCGACGGCAUUGUGCAACUGGGCGGCUACCAUUACCUCGAUACGACGUCGCAGAAGCGCGAUGUCAUCGAGGCGGAGAUCGCGGCGCGUUCGCUCAAGAAGCGCGACAACAUCUACACUGGCUUCGACCUUCCGACCUUUGUUGACGGGGCGUUCAAGGAGCUCACGUCUGACGUGGAACUCACAUCCACGGUCACGAUCGGCCAAUACACGACGGAACUGACGUACUCACAGCCCGGUGUCAACACGACCACUGACCAGUCGCUGAACUUGCUUUUGCCUAUCCUCGCGCAGCCUAUCGUGCAGAAGAUCGUCGACGGUUCCGGCCUUGGCGUUGAGACCGUGCUUAUCACGGACCCCAAAGCCACGAGCUUCACUACUCAGCUCGCGGGGACGGUCACCAAUGCGGGUCCAUUCGACGCGGUGAUCUCCUUCCCAAAUGGCCUCGACAUCGCCUGGAACAACGGUUCGCUCGGCUCGAUCAAGAUGCCCGACAUCAACAUUACGGGAGACGUUGGCGCGAACUUCCAAGUCACGACGGACUUCAGCAUCGCGGACGUCAAUCACCUUACCGAUUUUACGAAGGUACUACUCACGACCGAGACAUUCGACUGGGAGAUUUCUGGGAGCAACCUCUCGGUUUCUGCCAUCGGCAUUACGGUGCCUGGGAUUAACUUCCCGAGCAAGAAGGUCACGCUCAAGGGCAUGAACAGUCUCAAGAACGACGUGAUCAUCGACAACUUCGACUUGCCCGAGAACGACCCCGCUGGUGGCAUUCAUCUCACGCUGAACACGACGAUCACCAACCCUUCGCAAGUCGGCGUUCAACUCGAGUCGAUCGCCUUCCAGUCUUUCUACCAGUCCACGAACCUAGGACCCGUCGGCUCGAACUCGACCUUCACGCUCGCGCCGUCGUCAACCGUCAACAUCUCUAUGGCAGGACGUCUCAUUCCGCAGACGCAGGAUUCUGCCCUUGCCGAUGUCUCGACCGUGUUCAACAAUUUCAUUCACGGCCAGGAUAGCAACAUCACCGUGCAGGGCGAGUCCGCUGGCCCCGCGGAGGCGACGUGGCUCAACGAGGGUAUCAAGGCUCUGCUCGUCUCGACGCUUUUGCCAAACCAGGGCAAGCUGGAUAUCAUCAAGACCAUCACGCUUGACGACCUUGACCUCCGCUUCACUGAAGCUACCGGCUGGGAUCCCUCCACCAGCACGACGGAGACGGACAUCGGGUUCACCAUACCCUUCGGUUUCCCGAUCGACAUCACCGCGCUGGAGUCCAACAUCUCCGUCGGCGACGGUGGUGCCGCCUUUGCCGAGCUUGCGGUGCCCAUGGUGCAAUCUACCACGGACGUCGACGCGCGCAUCAUCCACUUUGCGUUCUCGAGCGUACCAUUCGCCGCCUUCGACGACCAGCAUUCCGCUUUCCAGCAGUUCUUGGCGAGCACAGCCGUCAGCGCCAAUCAGUCAAUGGCGCUAUCCGGUUCUGCCAACUCCCAGGCCGGUACCGCUGUGGGAACGCUUUCCCUCAGGGGCAUCGACUUCUCGGUCGGGACGUCUAUUGCGGGUCUACAGGGUCUGAACACGAAGCCCGUUCAGCUCGUGUCCCAGCUCGACGUCGCGCACGGGUACUCUGAUUAUCUGCUGAUCACUGUCAACGCGUCGCUCUUUAACCCCUCCAAUAUCACGCUUGGAGCGGGAGACGUAGCGUUCGGCUUGGUUUUCAACGAUGCAACGAUCGGUACGGCUGAUAUCAGCGACAUUGUCGUCGUACCGGGAAAUGCCACCUACGCCGUACAGAUCCACUACGCACCCGAGGGCUCGGCCGUCCCGACCGGUCAGCUCCUGCUUGAGAACUAUCUUCAGGGUGUGGACUCGGACACGACGAUCCAAGGGUCUCAGAGCAGCACGGAUAUUGAUUCGCUCAAGGUGGCGCUCUCGGAGAUCACGCUCACGCCGGUCACAGUCCCCGCACUACACCAGAACUUGAUCACGAGCGCUACGUUGGUCUUCCCUACCGACAUCGUCCAGACUGGCAUCGCGCAGGCCAGCUUCGUCCUGGCCAACCCGUUCACGGCGAGCAUCAAUCUGAUCAAGGUCAGCGCGGGCGCCACGUACCGCAACCUCACGCUCGGCGCUAUCGAGAACGUGGAUGAAUCAUCAAACCCUAUUCACGCCGACGGCCACUCGAAUAUCACCAGCCCGACGUUGCCGUUCCACUUCAACCUCGACCCGGUGACGAUUAUCCAGCUGCUACUGGACGGUGCGGCCAACAAUGGCGUCGACCUCGGUCCGCUCCCCGACUUGUUCGAUAUUGCGCUCAGCAACCCGGACUACGGCUCCCAGAUCAACUCGAGCGUGCUCACUACGAACUCGACGUGCAACAGCGGGAAGCAGUUCGACGUAGACGAUGCAAUCCUUGACUCGCUCAAGAACCUUGAGGUCACGCUCAACAUCUCGACCUCAGUGAAGAUCGAUGAUUUCCCUACGGAUCUGGCAUUCAACCAGUACAACGUCUCUGCCAUUACGGACGAUACUGCGCUGUAUCUCAUCGGUGCGGUCGCGCCGCCCAUCCUUCAGACGCUCGUGGACGGCGCCAACCUGACAUUCAACUCGGCCAACAUCUCCAACAUCACGAAUGACGGCUUUGGUUUGAACCUCGCGGGUGCACUGACGAACAUCGGCCCUCUCGACGCGCUGAUCUCCUUCCCGAAGCCCGUGACCGUGGUUUGGCAAGGAUCUCCGAUCGCACAGAUUGCGUUGCCUGACAUUUGCGCUGCUGCAAACGAUGGCGUACCGGAUCUUGAGAUCGCCAGCGCCCAACUGACCAUCACGGAUCAAGACGGCUUCACAACGUUCUCUACAUUCCUCCUGCACAACGAGGACUUCACAUGGACCAUCGAGACCGACGCGCUUCGCGUCACGGCGCUCGGCACAGUGUUCGAUAACGUGAAGCUCAGCAAGGACGUCACCUUGAAGGCCUUCAAUAACCUUCCCGGCGUUACCAUCUCCGACUUCGAUCUCGUAUCUGGAGACUCUUCUGGCAUCGAGUUCUCCACCAACUCGCUGAUCCCGUCGCCCGCCCAGCUUGGUAUCACGCUCGGCACGGUGGGCUUCGAAGCGUUCUUCCAGGGGCUUGAUGUGGGCCCGAUCACCGGCAAGGGUUUGACGCUUGCGCCUGAGUCUACGACGACGGAGGCUCUCAACGGCACCAUCACACCAAAGACUUCAUCGUCGGACCUCAAGACGUUGGAUGUACUGUUCUCGAACUACCUGACGGGCUUAAAUCAGACCCUGAACGUCGACGGCUCGUUCGUAGCGCCCGAUGGCAGCGACGAAAUCAACUGGCUGAGCACAGCGUUUAAGACGCUUGAACUCAAUGUCACGCUCCCUGCGCUUCACCAGAACAUCAUCGGCAGCGCGUCACUCGUUUUCCCCAUCGACAUCGUUCAGACAGGUAUCGCGCAGGCCAGCUUCGUGCUUGACAACCCGUUCACGGCCAGCAUCAACCUCCACGAGGUUAGCGCGGGCGCGACAUACCGUAACCUUUCCCUCGGUGCCAUCGAAAAUGCCGAUCUGUCGUUCAAUGCACCCGGUCACCAGAACACGUCCAGCCCCGAGCUCCCCUUCCACUUCAAUCUCGACCCUACGAUGAUUAUCACGCUCUUGCUCGACGGCGCGGAGAAUAACAACGUUGAUCUUGGCCCUCUGCCCGACCUCUUCAAGAUCGCGCUCGCCAACCCCGACUACGGCUCGCAGAUCAACUCGAGUGUACUCACAACCAACUCGACGUGCAACAGCGGAAAGCAGUUCGACGUAGAUGACGCGAUCCUCGACUCCUUGAAGAACCUCGAGGUCACGCUGAACAUCUCCAGCGAAGUUGGAAUCGAUAGCUCGUUCACCUUUGAUCUGGACUUCGAUCAGUACAAUGUCACGGCUAUCACGGACUCUACUGCCUUGUAUCUCAUUGGCGCCGUUGCUCCGCCCAUCGUACAGACGCUCGUCGACGGCGCUAAUCUGACGUUCAACGCGGCGAACAUCUCCAACAUCACCAAUGAGGGCUUCGGUCUGGAUCUGGAGGGAGCAUUGACCAACAUCGGCCCACUUGACGCGCUCAUCUCGUUCCCUGAUCCCGUUACCGUCAUCUGGCAAGGGUCGUCGAUCGCGAAGAUAGCUAUACCUGACAUCUGCGCUGCUGCGAACGACGGUGUACCCGACCUCAUCACCAGUGGACAGCUCACGAUCACUGACCAGGACGGUUUCACGGAGUUCUCCACGUUCCUUCUUCACAACGAGGAGUUCACGUGGACCAUCGAGACGGACGCCCUGCGUGUCACUGCACUCGGAACGAUCUUCGACAAUGUCAAGCUAUCCAAGGACAUCUCGCUCAAGGCAUUCAAUAACCUGCCUGGUGUCACGAUCUCUGACUUCGACCUCACUUCGGGCGACUCGUCGGGCAUUGAGUUCUCAACGAACUCGCUCAUCCCUUCACCUGCACAGCUCGGCAUCCAGCUCGGCACUGUCGGGUUUGAGGCGUUCUUCCAAGGCCUCGAUAUUGGUCCGAUCAAGGGCGACAACCUCGAUCUCUUACCAGAGUCGACCACGACUGAGGCGCUCUCCGGCAUCAUCACGCCCAAAACCUCAUCCAGCGACCUCCAGAAGCUUGACGUACUGUUCUCGAAUUACCUCACGGGCAUCAAUCAGACCUUGGACGUCGACGGUUCUUACGUCGCUCCGGACGGCAGCGAUGAGGUCACCUGGCUCAGCACGGCGUUCAAGACGCUCGAGCUUAAUGUUACGCUCCCGGCGCUGCACCAGAACAUCAUCAGCAGCGCUUCGCUUGUCUUCCCGAAGGACAUCGUUCAGACCGGCAUUGCCACCUCGACCUUCGUGCUAGACAAUCCGUUCACGGCUAGUAUCAACCUGCAUGAGGUCAGCGCGGGCGCGACGUACAAUGAUCAGCUCUUCCUCGGUGCCAUCGAGAACGCCGACCUCUCCUUCAACGCACCUGGUCACCAGAACUCUACCAGCCCCGAGCUGCCCUUCCACUUCAACCUCGAUCCGACCACGAUCAUUACGCUUCUUCUCGACGGCGCGACCAAUAAUGGUGUCGACCUUGGGCCCCUUCCAGAUCUCUUCAAGAUCGCUCUUGCCAACCCUAAGUACGGUUCGCAGAUCAACACCAGCGUUGUGGGCAACGACUCGUGCAGCAGCGGAAAGCAGUUCGACGUCGACGAUGCCAUCCUGGACUCGCUCAAGAACCUUCAAGUCACGCUGAACAUUUCCAGCGAGGUCGCGAUUGAGGACUCGUUCACCUUUGAUCUGGACUUCAAACAGUACAACGUCACCGCCAUCACCGAUGACACUGCUCUCUACCUGAUCGGUGCCGUCGCACCGCCCAUCGUGCAGACCUUGGUGGACGGCGCAAACCUUACGUUUAACGCCGCAAACAUCUCGGAUAUCACCAAUGAUGGCUUCGCCCUCGCAUUGAACGGCGCGCUCACUAACAUCGGACCGUUGGAUGCGCUCAUCUCGUUCCCCGAGCCGGUCACUGUCUCGUGGCAAAACAGGAGCAUCGCGACGAUUGCUAUUCCCGACAUCUGCGCUGCCGCCAACGACGGUGUCCCUGAUCUGGUGACGUCCGGUCAGCUCACGAUCACCGACCAGGACGGCUUUACCGAUUUCGCGACGUACCUUCUUCACAACGAGGACUUCACCUGGACAAUUUCGACCGAUGCUCUCCGGGUUACCGCGCUCGGUACAGCCUUCGAUAAUGUCAGGCUCUCGAAGGACGUCACGCUCAAGGCCUUCAACAACAUCCCUGGAGUGACCAUUUCCAACUUCGACUUGCCGGGUGAUGCGGAGGAAGGCGGUAUCGAGAUCUCAACCGACUCGAUGAUUCCGUCACAGGCGCAGAUUAGCAUCGGUCUCGGUACUGUUGGGUUUGAGGCGUUCUUCGAGGGUGUUGACAUUGGUCCGCUCACUGGCACCGAUCUAUACCUCGCCGCCAUGUCCACGACGACCGAGCAUCUCACCGGCCGUAUCACGCCCAAGUCCUCGUCGUCCGAUCUCGACACACUGGGCGUCCUCUUCUCGAACUUCUUGGCCGGCCAGAACCAGACGCUCAACGUCAAGGGCGUCUCCGUCGCGCCGGAUGGCAGCGAUGAGAUUACUUGGCUCAGCACCGCCUUCAAGACGCUCGAGAUCAACGUCACGCUCCCGGGUCAAAUCUACCAGGUCAUCGAAUCGAUCGCGCUUAAUGACUUCGCUCUCACGAUGACCGAGGAGGGCCAAGCGUUCGCACCGCUCGCAGGCUCCACCGACACUGUGGCCGAGUACAAGAAUCCUUUCGGCUUCUCGCUCCAAGUCAUCCAGUCGUCAGAGAAUAUCACAUUGGCUGAGAGUGGUGUAGACAUCGCUACACUUCAAUUGCCCCUCGAGGACAACGUCGGUGGCGUAUCUACCGGCAACCUCGCGCCGCUACAGAUCAGCUUCUCGAACCAGACGCUCAAGUCCGUCAACAACGACGCCUUCUCCGCCUUCAUCAAAGCCGUCACGGAUACGAGUGGUGUCUCAUUCGAGCUCAAGGGUACUGCGAACGUCGUCGCCAAGACCACGGUCGGCAAUAUCCCGAUCUCCGGCAUCCCCUUCAAUACCACAACCUCGCUUGGUGGCAUCAACGGCUUCGGCGGAACGGCCUCGCUCAGCAACGUCACGGUCACGGGCAGUGGCGGCGACGGCGGCGACCAAUACGUUCUUGCGAAGUUGACGACCACGCUCAACAACCCGUCGAACAUAUCGCUCCAGACCGUGGACGUAUCCUUCCCUGUUACAUACAAGGAUACGCAGAUCGGUCGCGCCGUCAUCCCUACCCUUCACCUUGUCCCUGGUGAGAACCAUAUCGACGCGGAGUUCCACUACAUGCCAGCGGAUGCCAACGACACAGUGGCGGAGGGCUUCCUCACAAGCUUCGUUCAGGGUAGCGAUGACCUCCCGCUUACCAUCAAGGGAGACUCGGAUAGCUCGAACUUCGCCUCGCUCGUUCCGGGCUUGGAGGGGAUCAGCCUCGACGCGAACCUCCCGGCCAUGGAUGCACCACCGAUUCUCACCCACGUCAACGUCUUCAUCACUCUUGACACGUUGGUAGACAACCUCGUCAAAGUCAACUUUGAUGUCUACAACCCGCUCGACGCGCCUCUCCAUAUCUCGUUCUCACAAUCCGACUCGGGCGUCAACGGCAAGACGUACGCCAUCUUCGACCAGCCGUUCACGGACUUCACCGUCCCGCCGCACGAGACCGCCAACAGUGGUACAUUCGGCAACGUCCUCCUCGUCAAUGGCGCCAUCGCCUCUCUCGCGAUCAUCCCGCUCGGGUACCUCGAUAUCCAGUCGGUCUCGACGGUUCAAGUCGGUGAUGGCGGCUACACCAUUCCAUGGUUCCACAUCAACCAGGACCACGUCACGACGGCGUACUCGCUCGACAUUCUGGGCAUCGCCGCCAGCGACACGGGUGCCCUCCAGGGUCUUGCUUCCAGCAUCAGCGCUUCGGUGAACGGAGAGCUGACGACAGCGAUCAGCAACGCGACGAGUCUCGUGGGCUCCAUCACUAGCGAUGUUGGUAGCAUCACGAGCGCUGUCGGUAGUGCGGCAUCUAGCGUUGUUGGCGGCGUCACGAGCGACAUCGGCAAGGCGACGAGCGCUGUCGGCGCGGCUACUAGCGUAGCUGGUUCGGCCGCGAGCAGAAUCACCAGUGCAGCAGUUGCGGGCGCGUCUAGUGCUGUGGCUGCUGCUACGAGUGAAGGUGGGAAGGUGACGAGCGCGGCAGGUGCGGCAGCUGGAGCUGCUACCAGUGCUGCGGGCGCCGCCCUCUCUGGCAUCGUAAACGGCGGUAAGGCGUCGGCAACGUCUGCCGCCUCCGCCGCCACAACCGCGGCAGCAUCUGCGGCCAAGUCUGCGGCAUCUUCAGCAUGA